AUGCUGACAUCUGAUCAAGACUCCUCGACCUCUGCGACACCGUCCUCUGGCGGACCGCGUCCCUCCUCGUCUCGGAAGAUACCUGCCCGCAAGAUUGAAGUGCAACCCACGAAGCUCGAGGCUGUGGAUGACUCCUUAGACCCUCUUGGGCCUUUAGGUGGUGAUCCCGCGCCUGCAACACCUUCGACGCCCGCAGAUCAAGCACCGACGCCGCCUCGGAAAGAAAUCAGUGGUGGAGUAUCUCGACAACCUUCUGCAACGUCGGGAGGUCUCGCUGGGUCUGAAUACGAAGACACCGCUCUAUCAGUCGGAAGGGCAAAAGGGCCACCUCCUGUGCAGCCACAGACUGCUACCGGAGCAGCUCGACAGACCCAGCCAAGCAUCAGCAUUGAACAGGCCGCAAAGCCCACUUUCGAUAUCACAGUUGGAGAUCCACAUAAGGUUGGCGACUUGACUAGUAGCCAUAUCGUAUACCAAGUUCGCACAAAGACCACGUCCAAAGCAUAUAAACAGCCCGAGUUCGCCGUGACACGGCGAUACCGAGAUUUCUUAUGGCUCUACAACUCGCUGCACAACAACAAUCCUGGUGUCGUGGUCCCUCCACCUCCAGAGAAGCAGGCCGUUGGGCGGUUCGAUAGCGAGUUCGUCGAGUCUCGUCGUCAGGCACUAGAGCGAAUGCUCAACCGGAUCGCUUCACACCCCAUCCUACAUCAUGAUCCUGAUCUCAAGAUCUUCCUGGAGAGCGAGUCGUUCAACAUUGACGUCAAAAAUAAAGAGAACAGGGAGCCGGACUUGGGCCAGAACAAGGGCAUGCUGAGCUCACUAGGGAUCAAUGUCGGAGGUUCUAGUGGGAAAUUUGUCGAGCACGAUGAUUGGUUUCAUGAUCGCAAGAUCUAUCUUGACGCCCUGGAAAAUCAGCUCAAAUCAUUACUGAAAGCCCUCGAUGCGGUUGUGGUUCAACGGAGGGGUUUGGCGGAGGCCGCUGGCGAGUUUGCUGCAUCGCUGAGUAACCUCGGUCAGGUGGAACUUUCCCCCGUGUUUUCUGGGCCCUUGCAAGGCCUUUCGGAGGUGCAACUUCGGAUCCGUGAGCUUUACGACCGACAAGCCCAACAGGAUGUUUUGACUCUGGGUAUUACCAUUGACGAGUACAUUCGACUUAUUGGGAGUGUGAAGCAGGCUUUUUCGCAACGACAAAAGGCGUUCCACGCCUGGCAUGCAGCAGAGAGCGAGUUGGCGAAGCGUCGAACUGCUCAUGAGAAGCUCUUGCGGCAGGGAAAGACUCAGCAAGACAAACUGAAUGAGGUCAGCGCUGGAGUUAGCGAUGCAGAGAAACGGGCACACCAAGCUCGAUUACUAUUCGAAGACAUGGGACGAUUGAUGAGAGGAGAGUUGGAACGAUUCGAACGCGAGAAGGUGGAAGACUUCAAAAGUGGCGUUGAGACGUUCCUCGAAGGUGCCGUUGAGGCGCAAAAAGAGUUGAUUGAACUGUGGGAGACGUUCCUGCUUCAGAUGGACGCAGAGGACGAGAUGCCCAUCAAAGCGCAGCCGGUAUCCAAGGAACCUGCACCAACAGAAAACACGCCAACAACCAGCCAGCCCGGUCAAGGAAUAGAGGCUCCUCCUGCUACAGCGACAGAUGUGGCACUGGAGCAGGAUGCUUGA